UCAUCAUCAUCAUCAUCAUCAUCAUCAUCAUCAGCUCCCCAGGUCACAUGAUCAGUCAGCUGGUCUUCAAGCACAUCCGCCUGACCCGCUACUGUUUACAAAUCAGCAGACAGCCCCGACACAGCAGAAUGAGGAGCCCUGCAUGAUCUGAACAGACUCAUCUUUUUCCUCCGAGUCUUGGCCAAGGAGAAUUACAAGACUGUGACAGUCCGUCUGGUGCACAGUCAUGCAGCACCCCAAUUUCGAGACUCGCCACCCGCUCCAGACAGACGAGCAGCAGGAGACGGGCUUCGACCCGCUCCAUAAUUUCAACAAGAACCGCAGCAGAGGAUCUCUUGACAGCAGCACUUACUCACAGCCUCAGUCAACCUUCCUCUCAUACAGGAAAGAAUGGGACGACUUGUUCCUCAACAGUAAUUACCUGGCCAGGAUCCGGCAGGCAGGCAUCAACGGUCGACUGAGGAGCAGCCGCUUUCGGAGCGUAUGCUGGAAGUUGUACCUGGAGGCUCUUCCAGAAGAUAAGGGGCAGUGGAUCAACAAGACCAAGGAGCUCCGGAGCCAGUAUGAGAAGAUCAAAGAGACGCAUAUCACCAACCCUCGCAAGGCUAAAGGCCAGCAGGACUUGGUGGUCAACAACCCACUGUCUCAGGAUGAAGGGAGCCUGUGGAACAAGUUCUUCCAAGAUAAAGAGCUGAAGGGAAUGAUCAAACAGGACGUGUUGAGAACGUUCCCCGAGAUUCGUUACUUCCAGGACGACGAUGUGAGGACCAAGCUGACAGACAUUCUCUUCUGUUAUGCCAGAGAAAAUGAACAGUUACUGUAUAAACAGGGGAUGCACGAGUUGCUCGCUCCUAUAGUGUUUGUGCUGCAUUGUGACCAUCAAGCCUUCCAGCAUGCUAGUGAGACGACCAUCCCCAGUGAGGAGAUGAAGUGUCUGUUGAACCCAGAGUUCCUUGAGCAUGACGCCUAUGCCUUGUUCUCGCAGCUGAUGGAGACAGCCGAGCCGUGGUUCUCCAGCUUUGAGAGGGAAGUGAGGAAGGGUAAGGAAGAGAUGCUGACCAGCAUCCCAUUCGCUCGGCCCCAGGACUCGGGGCCAUCUGUUGCCAUAGUGACCAAAGUCAACCGCAUCCAGGACCAGCUGGUGAAGAGGCACGACGUUGAACUGCACAUGCACCUCAACCGGCUGGAGAUCGCCCCACAGAUCUACGGGAUCCGGUGGGUACGUCUCUUGUUCGGCCGCGAGUUUCCACUCCAGGACUUACUGGUGGUGUGGGAUGCCCUGUUUGCUGACAGCAUCACUCUGGACCUGGUGGACUACAUCUUUGUGGCCAUGCUGCUCUACAUCCGAGAUGCUCUCAUUGCUAGUAACUUCCAGACUUGCCUGGGACUUCUAAUGCACUACCCUCCAUUAGGAGACAUCAACUCUCUGCUGCAAAAGGCUCUUUUCCUCCGAGAUCCCAAAAACAAUCCACGACCUGUCAACUACCAGUUCCAGCAGAACCUGGAUUACUAUAAAACAAGGGGAGCUGACCUGAUGAACAAGUCACGCUCUGGCUCCAGUACAAAAACGGCCCCCCUCAACAUCAACAAGGUGUCCAGCAGCCUGCUGAGUUUUGGCAGGAAGCUCAUCGCGCCAGCCAUAUCGGGCAGCUCAAGCGGCGUCUCGCCAAUCAACAGCGAGGUGCACUCCUCCACUUCCUCCUCCUCGUCAACUUCACCCGCGUCGGCGCCUGUGCCGGCCCUGUCUCACCCGCUCGCUGAGCCCCCAUCGGGCCACGUCCCACCGCAGAUCCAGAGCAACGCCCAGACUCAGCACUAUCGCCUGCUCAAGUCCGAGAGCAUGCCUGUCCACCUCAGCAAAGAUGUAGUUUCAGGUGGAGUGUCUCAGGUCUCUCUCCCAGCCCAGAUUCACACUGACACACAAGGCCAAACCUCCAGGACAGUCAGCUCCUCUCCCAGCAUAGAAAGCCUCUCUGGUGGGCGAGGUCAGUCCACCGCCUCUCCGCCUCUCCCUCCCUCCAGAGGGAGUGAUGUCAGCACUUCAUCUCCGCCCCUCUCCGCCACCAAGAAGGAGUCCUUCUUUAACAUCACUCGCUCUCGCUCCCAUAGCAAGACCAUGGGCAAGAAAGAGACAGAGGAGGACCUAGAAGCCCAGGUAUCCUUCCUGCAGGGCCAGAUCAACGACCUGGAGGCCAUGAGCAAAUACUGUGCCAAGAUGAUGAACACUCACAUCUGUAAAAUCCAGGAAGUGAUUCUCCAAGAACACCUGGAGAAAGAGGAUGAGGUCCUGGUGUCAUUGGCUGGACUCAAACAGAUCAAAGACAUCCUCAAGGGGGCGCUGCGCUUCAACCAGAGCCAGCUCGAGGCCGAGGAGAACGAGGAGAUCACCAUCGCUGAUGAUCACUACACCUCCACAGCUGCCGCCGAAACUGCACUGAACAUCAUCAAUCACCACGGUGACCAGAAAUCACAAGGGAACAGCAGGCGAAGCCGGGACUCUGACCUGGAACGGAGCAUCAGCACGGAUGAGAAAGAAGAGGAGGAGCAAACGAUGACCCCACCUGAGCAACAGGCGGCAUCUUCCCUCGGCUCUGAGGGUAAAAACUGGGAUGACUACAUCCUCGUGUCCCAGGACGGAGAUGUAGGUGGGAGGGCCGCAGCCGAGCGCACCCCUCCGAUCAGACGAGGACGCGGCUUGGUGCGAAUGGAGCCCGAGGGCGCAGCCGGGACCUUCCACGACCCGCUGAUGGCUGGCACCACCUCAGGCUCUUCCAGCCCAGAUGAGGGCUCCACCCACAGCAAGGACUCUGACUUUACCAUCGUCAACCCGAAUGACCUGUGAACAAGCAAACCGCUCCUCCUUCGCCUCCUCUCAUACUGGUAUCAUAUCCCACUCAGAGGAUGUGAUCCACAAAAAAACAAAACAAAACAAACAAAAAAAAACUGACUUUGAGGGUGGAAUCUGCAGUUUUUGGUGGAACCGAUGGAGCUGCUGUUGGCUUAAAAAAAAUUGCACAUGUGGACUGUGACGCUUCCAGUCACAAAUACCUUAUACUCUGUCUCUUUACUUGUCAUCUGUGCCACUUAAGUCCUGUCUAAGCUGAUACUGUAUGCUAUCUCAUCUCCCUAAUGCCUGUCUCCUCAUGAUGUCGGACUUGUCACUCAUUAUAUUUAAUUGUAGCGCCCUGCUCUACAGAGAGAGGGCGCCCUUGAACUUCUUACCCUGUCACUACAUAAUUACUCUGAAGAGUUGGACCUCAAACUGCAAUUGUCUUCACAGGGAGAGGACUCUCUCUCCUCUCGAGCUUACUGUAAUGAUUGCGUAUUUUCUUCUGAAUGGGGAGAUGUGGCCAUACCUCUGCCUGUGUUAUGUCUGUAUGUCCGUCCUUACAGAGAAAACUCUCUUCUCUGAAGGAAAGAAUGAUGUCCUCCCAUCAGUUGACGAGGGCAGCUUUCCUCCCCCUUCUAAACCAGUGCCUCUGACCAUAAUUCUCCUGUCAACCAAACAAAACCUGACUCUGUGAUCUUAUUCUUUUUGUUAGCAUUUUUUUUUUAAUUUUUAAGAAAAUAUUUUUAACCCUUAAACCUUUAAUUUCCUGGAUAAAAAUGAUUAAAUUAUGGACUAAGACUUUUUUUUUUUUUCCUUUUUUGUUUUUAAAUUGAUUCCAACGUGGACAUUUUAAUGUCGUAAUUGACAGUUCUCAUUUCUCACGUUACAACUGAGUUGUUCUCGUGUCCUGUGAAAACCAUGCAAAGCAGCGCACACAAAGAAUGUCCCUCUAGCUGUCCUUUCAGUAUAAUUAACUCAAGACCAAUAAAACUACAUCGCUCUUGCUACACUGCA